UCGGGUCAGUGUAGAAGUCGGAGGAGCGACCGUGUCUUCUUAUUUAUUUUAUUUUCCGAGAUAAUUAGUUAAAAUGGAAGAAGACACAGAAUACCUCAAGCUUCCCCUGGAGGACAGGUGUAUCCACAAACUCUGGAAGGCACGAUUGAGUGGAUAUGAAGAAUGCACAAAGCACUUCCCUAAGAUUGUGGAUGAACGGUCCCCAGAAUUCAACAAAUUUGCUCCUCUUAUGAAAAAAUUUGUAACCGAUAGCAAUGCAGUUGCACAAGAGAAAGCAUUGGAAGCUGUACUGGCUUAUGUGGAAAAUGCACAUGUGGCUGGAAGGACGGCAGGAGAUGUUACAAAUGGAAUUGUUCAGAAAUGCUUAGCAGCACCAAAACGCGGUACACAGGAAAAAGCGUUGGAGGUGAUCCUCAUGUACUGUGAAAUUGAGAAAUAUGAAGUGGUUCAAGAGGAACUAAUGAAAGGUUUUACACAAAAAAAUCCCAAAGUUGUUGCUGCAUCUGUACGAGCAGUAACAACCGCUUUGAGAGAAUUUGGCCCAAAGGUUAUGAACCCUAAGCCACUAAUAAAGCAGAUGCACACACUUCUGGAGGACAGGGACAAAAAUGUACGCGAGGAGAGCAAAAAGAUGGUCAUUGAGAUGUAUAGGUGGAUUCGACAGGCCCUCAAACCACAGAUGUCUUCCUUGAAACCUGUGCAGAUCCAAGAAUUGGAAGCAGAAUUUGACAAGCUUGGCAAUGAGAAGGUGGUCCAGACACGCUUCCUUCGUUCACAGCAGGACCUAAAGGCUAAAAUGGAAGCUCAAGGAGAUGAAGAGGAAGAGGAAGAUGAAGAAGUAGAGCCAGAUGCCCCAGAACUGGAUCCAUUCGAAUUCAUGGAGCCAGUCGACAUCCUCUCAAAACUUCCAAAAGAUUUCUAUGAAAAGGCUGAAGCUACGAAAUGGAAGGAUCGUAAAGAAGCAGUAGACCUUCUCCUGCCGCUGACCCAGAAUCCAAAAUUAGAGAGUGGAGAUUACCAUGAUCUUAUGAAGGUUCUUAAAAAGAUCAUUGGGAAGGACAGCAAUGUAAUGAUCGUAGCAGUGGCUGCCCAGUGCUUGACAGGAUUGGCCAAGGGUUUGAAGAAAAAGUUUUCGCCUUUUGCCUUAUCCUUCACAGAGACCAUCUUAGAGAAAUUCAAAGAGAAGAAGGUCAAUGUUGUCUCAGCUCUCAGGGAUGCCAUUGAUGCUGUUUUCCAGGCGACUAAUAUUGAAGCUAUCCAAGAGACUGUUAGUGGUGCUUUGGCAAACAAGAAUCCUCAAGUGAAGGCAGAGACUGCGGCUUUCUUGUCACGGGCGUUUUGUUACUGCACACCAACAGUCUUUAAUAAGAAGCUGUUGAAAGUAUAUAUUACAGAUCUUGUAAAAACACUCAAUGAAUCAGAUCCAACUGUCCGUGAUAAUUCAGCUAUGGCUCUUGGUGUAAUGUUGAAAGUUGUUGGUGAGAAGCAGUUGAUGGUAUUCAUUGGAGAAGUGGAAAAUCUAAAGAUGCAGAAGAUUAAAGAAGCAGCAGACAAAGCUGAGCUGAAGGUCAAAAUCUCGGCACCCAAGGCAAAGAAACCAGCACCAAAGAAAGAGGCACCUCCACCGGCAGCUGAGCCUCCCCCUUCAACCACAGCUCCACCGAAGAAAGUUAUAAAAGCUGGCGUCAAACCAGGAGCCUCGUCAGCAGGGCCGGCCAAAGGGAAAAAACGUUUAAAAGGAGGAGGUGGAGGUGGUGGUGGUGGAGCAGGAGGUGGAGUCCUAGAGGAAUGCACAGAAGCAGAACUUUCAAUAGAAGAUGCUGUUGAGAAAGCGAGUGAAGUCCUGCCUGAGGAUGUUGUCAGUGGAGUUACGGAUGCCAAUUGGAAGACCAGAUUGGCUGCUGUUGAAUCCUUUGGUAAUACUAUCCAGACGCUUGACCGGAGUGAAAUCCCAUGCCAAGCAUUAGUAAGAGUUCUGGCACAAAAGCCAGGCUUCAAGGACAACAAUUUCCAGGUUCUUAAACUCAGACUAGAAGCUCUCAAAAACCUAGCUGAGAACUCGGACUUUACCCGACGCUCUGGAGAAGUAUGCAUCCAAGACCUUGUAGAGAAACUAGGUGAUCCAAAGAAUGGUUCUUUGUGUGGAGAGGUUCUGAUGACCAUAGCAGAGGCUGCCAAGCUACAGUGGGUUGGGCCUGAGGUUAUGACUAGAGCCUUUGAACAGAAGAGUCCAAAGAUUCAGGAAAUGGCACUGAAGUGGUUAUCAGAUGCCAUCACAGAUUUUGGAUUUGUACUGCAACCAAAAGCUCUUAUUGGUGACAUUAAGAAGGCCUUAGCACAUACCAACCCUGGUGUGAGAACAGCCGGAAUCUCCCUCUGUGGUACAAUAUACCUUUACAUGGGAGCUACACUCAGGGUCUUCUUUGAGGAUGAGAAGCCAGCUCUUUUGCAGCAAAUUGAUUCAGAAUUUGAGAAGAUGAAUGGCACAAGUCCUCCAGCUCCUACAAGAGGCCUUAAUCGGGGCAGCAGUACAGAAAACGAUGAUGAUGCUGAUGAUGUUGAUUCAGGACCAGCUGUCAUUAACGUUCAAGAUCUUGUACCCCGAACUAAUAUCAGCGAUCAGCUAACAUCUACACUCUUUACAGAAUUGGCUGAUAAAAAUUGGAAGGUGAGAAAUGAAGCCCUACAGAAGGUUUCCAACAUUAUCUCAGAGGCCAAAUUUAUUAAGGGUGACAUUAGUGAACUACCUACUGCUCUGUGUGCUCGAAUGAUGGACACUAACAAAAAUUUAGCUCUGGAAGCGCUGAGAUUAACUGCAUCUCUCUCUGCUGCGCUUGGACCAAAUUGCAAGCCUCAUACAAGGAACAUUGUGCCAGGAAUGUUAGCUGCUCUUGGAGACAGCAAGCAAAAUAUUCGUCAGCAGGCAUUAAGCACUCUUAACUCAUGGGUGGAACAAACAGGUCUGAAAGAAACGGUUGAUGGUGAAGUAUUUGCUGAUGCCUUGAAAUCUGGCUCUCCCUUCCUGAAGUCUGAGCUGUUCUUGUGGAUGGCAGAGAAACUGAAAGAUGUCAUAGAGCCUUCAUCAAAGAACACUGUGAUGCAAGCUCUAGAGAAGGCUAAACCCAACCUCCCAGCUAAGCCUCAGCCCAAGCCAAAGGCAGCUGCUGGUGGAGGAACUGGCCGAGGGGCGGCAGCUGCUGCUGCAGAAAGGCCACAGGCAAGUGCCCCAGCUGCAGGCAGGGGAGCUGCUGCUGGAGUCAAAAAGGGCCUGAGGGCUCCAUCGGCAACACGCACAGGUUCUGGAUCAAGUCGCAAAGACCAGGAAGAGGUCGACACAUCGCCACUCCUCCAGGUGAAUAACCUAAAGCAGCAGCGUGCUUCAGAUGAGCAGAGGCUUAGGGUCCUGCGCUGGGACUUCACAACCCCUCGGCAGGAGUUCAUCACCCAAUUGAAGGAUCAGAUGACGGCAGCAGGACUUAACAGACAGCUGAUGUCAAAUAUGUUCCAUCAGGAUUUCAAAUUCCAUAUCAAGGCUAUUGAUGCUUUGAAUGAGGACCUCAACUCAAACCUCCCAGCUUGCAUCGCCAAUCUGGAUUUGGUAUUGAAGUGGUUAACUAUCCGGUUCUUCGACACUAACCCAUCGGUGAUCAUGAAGGCGAUGGAUUACCUGCAGCAGGUGUUCCAGUGUGUGUCAGAAGAAGGCUAUCACCUCCUGGACCUUGAAGCUUAUUCCUUCCUGCCUUUCUUAGUUACCAAGUUUGGUGACCCUAAGGAUGCUAUUAGAGGACCUGCAAGAAAUAUUGCUAAGUUGAUUUGCAAUAUAUACCCAGCUAGCAAAGUAUCUCCAUACAUGAUGGAUGGUCUUAAAGCAAAGAAUGCAAGGCAGAGAGCAGAAUGCUUGGAGGCCAUGGGCAACUUGAUAGAAGUGUAUGGAAUGUCAGUGUGUCAACCAUCUCCUGGUGUAGCACUGAAAGAAAUAGCCAAACAGAUUGCUGAUAUAAACUCCUCAGAAAGCUGUGGUGCAGGUGUAUUCCGUGAAGGUGAAAAGGUUUUCAAACUCGUUGGAAAUCUGUCAGACAAGGAUAUGAGUUUACUUGAAGAGCGCAUCAAACGUGCUGCCAAGAACAGACCGGUUAUUAAGAAGCCACCUGUCGAACCAGAAGUGCCCACUGUCAGAGGUGGUGGAGCAAGUGGUCGAGCUAAUCGUGUCAUCCCAACCCCAGCUCAGCCAGCGCCAGUGAUUACAAGAGAGAGAGAAGGUGCUGAUGGAGCAACUGGAGGAGAACAGAGCAGUCUUCUAAAGAGAAUGCAGAGGGAUCCCAGCUGGAGUCUAGAGUCAGUAGAUAGAAGCCAGGAAGACCUAAAUUGGUCACCUCUUGUACACCACAAACCACCUCGCUAUGCAUCAGCUGCCGCUAUGAGUAGCAUAAGCAGCCUCAGUAGCAUGAGUAACCUAAGUAUGGGCAGCAUAAACAACUCCAGUUCCAAUAUGACGGUCAACAAGCGUCCGAACAAGCCUAUGAGUAGCCGACUGAAUGGAGACUGGCCACUGCCUCCCUUGCGAACACGACCUGUUAGCACAGUGACGCUGGAACAUGCAAGACGCAUUUCCCGUUCACUCUCAUUUGUUUUGGGCGAACCUGAUGAAGACAGUCAGAUAGAAGAGAAAUCCUCUACACGCAAGGGAGCCUCUCAUACACUGCCUCCUCUUUCGCCUGACAUGCCUCCUCUUCUCACAAGAACUGUCACUUCACCUCACUUCUCUGGAUUUGGAAUGCGAAACCAGCAGCAGCAGCAAUCAAGUGCGAAUGCAAAUGCACCGUUCAAGAUCGAUUAUGGUCUCAUAGAAAAACUGCUUGAGGACAAUGACACCACAGAAAGACCCCAAUACAAGAUUGAGGAAAUCCCUGAUAUGAACUCGUUACUCAACUACAAACCAGUCUGCCCAACUCCAGCCUCCAGACUCACCAGACCAGGAUUCACUGCAACCUCACGGCCAGUGUCUUCAGGAGCACAGAUUGACACUGAAGGUGCUGCUCAAGCAAUUAAUCUGGUUAUAUCACAGGUCGCCACCCCAGAUGCCAAUACUGUUAUCACGGCUCUGUCUCAGCUGGAUGAGGUCCUGCAGUCGGAGGAGAGAAGUACCCAGCUGGCUCCACACAUUGACCAGCUGUUGAUUCUGGCCACUCUCCAGUACCGUCUUGUCCUAAACACCAAAAUGGCCAACCCCAAUGUGAACAAAGAGGAGUGCAUCAAAAUAUACCGCUCUCUAACUAACUGUUUGAUGAUGAUCUUCAAUAACAAGCAACUGGGAACCCAAGCUACACGAGAUGUUCUCCGGGAUGUGGUCCAUGUUUUGAUUAACAUCUUGUUAGAUCCUCGUCUAGCACAGCUGGAGGAUGGUCCACAGAUCAUUCGAGCAAUCAAUGUACUUGUUGUACGCAUUGUGGAGAAAGCACAAUUUACUCAUGUAUUUAGUGCCCUUCUCAAGCUUCUACAUGAGAGUGUGGGAAGUGGAGGAGGGUGCAAGUUCACAGAACUUGUGAUGAAGUGUAACUGGAAGGUUAUUCGCAUUCUGCCAACACGCUCCAAUGACCUAGAUCUUGACCAGAUUCUCCUGGAUGUUCACAAUUUCCUUGUGGCUUAUCCAGUCAACACCUGGGCAGAGCGGCCAUCAGAUACUCCUUUGCGCACCAUUAAGACUGUUAUUCAUACAUUAUGUAAGGUAUAUGGCACGAACAUCCUCAGUCACUUCUCCAAAAUUGAAAAUGCUCAAGGCUCGGAACUCCACAAGUACCUCACAAAGACGCUGAAGAAACCGAAGACUGAAGAUGAUGGAGGUGUUGGAGACAGUAACAGACUAGCAGCUGCUCAAGUCACGAGUGAUUCAGCAGAAAGUGUAAAAUCCCCGAAGAGAUUAAGCAAAACAGCUCACAACACACUAUCCGAAAUAUUCCGCAAAAUUGGCUCAAAGGAGAACACAAAAGAGGGCUUGAUUCAGUUGUAUGAAUUCAAGCAGAAGCAUCCAGAGGCAGACAUUGAACCCUUCUUGAGAAAGUCAUCACAGUUCUUCCAGAACUACAUAGAAAGAGGACUGAAGAGAGUGGAGAUGGAGCGGCAAGCAGAAGGAAAAGUGGCUGCCAGUCAGGCUUCAGAAAAUGGGUCAAAUUCAGCAGGACCCUUGGCUUCCAUCCAAGUACCAGACACAGCCAACUUCAACAUGAAUGAGCUUGUAGCUCAAUUCAAGUCUAUUGCUGCCCGCGCCGGCUUUGACAACACCUACAUUGAUACUGCGGUCAAGGAUAUAUGUAGUGCUGAAAAUAAGGGCUCAGGUGAACGACUUGACAUCUCAGAAUAUAUCAAGACUUUGUCAUCUGACUAUGGAAUAGAACAGAACAAGGAACAGUUCAGUUCUCAUGAUCAGUGAGCAGUUGGUGUCUUUUAGUUCUAGCACAAAAAAAAAAAAAAAUGGGAAAGAAAAAGGAACUGCUGGAAAAUGACGGCUUUUGAAUACCUUCCACCUUUUUUUAAUUUUAUACCAUCUCUCUGUUUUUUAUUUGUUUCUUUCUGAAUUUAUUUAUUAUGAUCAUUUUCAUUACUACUACUCAAUAUAAACAACUUACACUUUAAUUCUUUUAAAGUGGUUUAGAAAAAUUUGCUGAACCCCGAUGAAUGACUGUGACACUGUUAGGUUAAGGCCCAGUAAAUCUAUGACAGGAUAAGGAUUUUUACAUGAACAAUUGCGAGAGAUGGAGUAAUAACACCUUUUUACUGUGUAUUUUCUUUUAAAAUGAGGAAUGGAUCACUUCUUAAUUCAUGGUGCAUAUAUUACAAAAGUUAUCUGCAGACACUCAAAUGCAUGUAGUUUAAUUCCUUGGGACUGCAUGUUUUCAUUCCAUCUCGUACUUGUUCAUGCUAUGUUCAAGUUAUUUAUGGCUAGCUGUUCAAAGACAUGGAAAUUAGCGAACAAAUUUUUUUCUUGUGUAACAAUAAGUUUUGAGGUAAAAGAUGAUCCACAGAGAUGGUUUAUUCUCCCAAAGAAUCUUUAUACAUACACAUAUAUAUAUAUCUGUGGCUGCUUUAGUUGGUAAUCUGAUCUAGGAACCCAGUGAUUAAUUAUAUUCUUAUUGUUAGGUUGGUUAAAAAAAAAACUAUAUAUAUGAUUAUAUCUUCCAUAUUAAUCUGUCUCUUUCACAAAAUACUUGCACAGCCUUUAUGUGAUUCUAGAAAAUCAACUAUUGAAUUACCACAGCUGCGCAUGUAAGUGGUAUAUUCAGACAAGAACUCUUCCAUAUAUAUAUAAAUAUAUACAUAUAUGUCAGAUACUCAACUCCUCAAUACUAGAAAGAUCUGUGAUCUCAUGAACUGAGUCAGAACAUUGAAUCUACACUAUUGCAGAUUUGCAGUAUUUACGCACUUCAGUCCCUUUCUUUUCCAUCUGAUAUUUUGAUGGUGUAAUAUUUGUUUCCUUCAGUACAUCUCUGUCAGCUAUGCUUUACCAUUAAUUAUUUUAUGAAUUUUUUCAGAUCAUUCCAUUAUUACUGAAAUGUUUGAUUGUGUUGUAUUUGAAAAAGAAAAAAAUGAGCUUUGGAAAUGAAACACGAGGUCCUUGCAUUAGCAUUCAUCAAGUAGCUGCAUUUUUGCAGGAAAUUUCAUCCAUGUUCAGAUUCUCCUGAACAAGUCUACAGCCUUCCCAUUACUGUUUACUUUUUAUUCUGAAUUUUUUGUUUUAUUUUCUCAUACAACAUUUACCUUGACCUCAAAGGAAGCUUUCGUAUCACAUGUAGUUUUCUUUUACAUAACUUUGUUUCCUUAUUUUAAUAAAACAUUUAUAGAGCAAAUUUUGUAAAUAUUAAUUUUUAGCUACUUAUUAACUUAUCAGUCUAUGCUAGGAUUUAUUGUGGAUAGCUAAUAGUCAAUAAAAGUUAGAUAAAAAGUC